AUGGUGAUCAACCCCCAGUACAACACCUGGUUCUACGUCAACACCAAGGCCCCAGGCGGCCCCGCAAGCCAGUGGACCCACCCUGCCGACGAUCAGCCCCAGCAGCAGCAGUUCUCCUCCCCCUCUGGCCCCCCACCAGGCGAAAAGGCGACCUACAACCCGGGCCAGCAGGCUUCGGCGCCCGCGCCCGCCGCCGUCGCCGCGGCCCCCGAGAAGCGCGGCAUGUUCUCCAAGCUCAUGGGCGGCGGUAGCCGGCCCCAGCAGCAGCAGCAGCAGCAGUAUGGCGGGUACCAGCAGCAGGGCGGCUACGGCGCACCCCCUCCGCCCAUGUACGGCAACCAGUACGGGCAGCAGCAGUACCCCCAGCAGGGAUACGGCGGCUACGGCGGCGGGUACCAGCAGCAACCCGUCUAUGUCCAGCAGCAGCAACAGCGUCCCGGUCGUAUGGGCGGCAUGGGCGCCGGCGGUGGUGCCAUGCUCGGUCUCGGCGGUGGUCUUCUCGGUGGCAUGUUGAUUGGCGACAUGAUUUCCGACAGCCAGCACGACUCAUACAUGGACGGCUACCAGGACGGCCAGAUGAACGACAUGGGCGGCGGUGGCGACUUUGGCGGCGGUGACUUUGGCGGUGGCGACUUCUAG